UGCGGUGGAAGAGUGGUUGGAGACACACAACUAGAGAGAUGGCGCGGCACCCGACCGGAGCGCAAGGACAGCUGGUUGGCGGUGGGGGGGCUUGAAUUAUAAAGAGAAUCAGGAAAUUAAGAAAAAGAAAAAAAACACAAAAAUAUAACGGAAAAAGGAUUCGGAAAAGGAGUUUCCAUUCUGCAAAAUAGCGUCAGAGGUAAGAGAAAAAUCAAAUAGGUGAAUAUAAGGACAGCGAUAAGAGAGGAGGCUGCUGCAAGAAGAAAAAAAAAAGCAACAAAAGAAAAUUGAACUUUACUGGACGUGAAGACUUCUGGACAUCAGCUAACUGCGGUAGGUCAGAUAGAUGGUUUGUCCACAGCGCUGCCCGGAUCAUGAACGCACAGCUGUCGAUGGAGAAUAUUGGCGACCUGCACGGAGUGAGCCAUGAGUCCGUGUCCGGUCACGGAGAGCUGCUGAGUGGCCACAGUCCGCAUUCCCGUCCGAGCCCCCGGGGUCUGAGCCACCGCGCUAUGGGCAUGGCGACCCUGCUGGACAGUGGAGACUAUCACCCCGGCCACCAUGGACACCUGCAUCCAGCCAUCAGCAUGUGUGAAGCCCCCCCUGGCAUGAGUGCGAGCAGCACUUACACCACCCUAACCCCCCUGCAGCCCUUACCCCCCAUCUCCACGGUGUCCGACAAGUUUCCUCCCCAUCAUCACCACCACCAUCCCCAUCAUCCUCACCCUCAUCCCCACCAGAGGAUCGCCGGAAAUGUCAGCGGCAGCUUCACGUUGAUGCGAGAGGACCGGAGUCUGGCUCCUAUGAACAGUCUGUAUCCCGCAUAUCAUCACAAGGAUCCCUGCAUGGGCCAGAGCCUCUCCCCUCUGUCUGGUUCCGGUCUGGCCAGCAUACACACAACCCAGGCCGGCAUCCCGCCCUACGCUCAUCCCGGUGCCGCCAUGCCUGGUGAGAAGAUGCUCACCCCCAGCGGGUUUGAGGCUCACCAUCCGGCCAUGCUCGGCAGACACACGGAGCAGCACAUGAGCUCCUCAGCGGGUAUGGUACAAAUCAACGGCCUCCACCACCACCCGCACGCCCACCUUGGCGCGCAGGGGCACGGCCAGGGGCCGGUGAACAGCCGGGAGCAGGCCUCCGGGCUCCGGCAGCAAGGGGGCGGCGGUGGAGCGGGUGGUGUUUCUGGGGGACAGAUGGAGGAGGUGAAUACCAAAGAGGUGGCGCAGAGGAUCACCACGGAGCUGAAGCGCUACAGCAUCCCUCAGGCCAUCUUUGCCCAGCGGGUCCUGUGCAGGUCCCAGGGGACUCUGUCCGACCUGCUGAGAAACCCCAAACCCUGGUCCAAGCUCAAGUCCGGCAGAGAGACCUUCCGUCGCAUGUGGAAAUGGCUGCAGGAGCCUGAGUUCCAACGCAUGAGUGCGCUCAGGCUCGCAGGUGAGCGAAGCCUCGCAUGUAAGCGUAAGGAACAGGACCACGGCAGAAGUGAGAGGGGGAACGUGAGCAAGAAGCCCCGGCUGGUGUUCACAGACGUGCAGCGGCGGACGCUCCACGCCAUCUUCAAGGAGAACAAGCGUCCAUCAAAAGAGCUGCAGGUCACUAUUGCCCAGCAGCUGGGCCUCGAGCUGGCUACAGUCAGCAAUUUCUUUAUGAACGCACGCCGCCGGAGCCUAGAUAAGUGGGUGGACGAUGGCUCCGGUCACUCAGUCAACUCUGGCCCCAACGCCUGCACCAAAGCCUGAAGAUGGACUGAUUUGACCAACUCAUGGACUGACUCAACCUCGGUGGAAAAGCUUUAAAACUUAAGAGAAACAAAGAGAAACUUAAAAAGACCUUGAAGCAACGUUUUGCCCUUAAACCUGUACUAUAUUGAUAUUUAUAGUAUCCAAAGAUGAAAAAACAAACCAAAGACUUCUUGUUUGACCUGCUUUGAAAUGUUUGUUUCAGCAACACAUUUAUGUGUAACAUACUGCAAAAAGACUAUAGUUUUACCCCCCCCCCACACACACACUCACUGUCACUGGUCUCUAGCUUUACUACAACCCCCCUCCCUACGCCUCCCCACCCAGUAUCAAUCUAUCAUUCGCCAUCCUUAUCUUUAAUCUGAUUGGUUGGUUUUAAUGAUGGGUCCCUAAAUGGAGGUUUAAUCAGCCUGUUGGCAGUCUGAUCUGCAGCUGUCCACACCCUUGAAAAACAGCCAGAAUGUGGAGCUCCGGUGGGAUUGGCCAAUCAACGGAAAAAAAAUCCUACAGGAGCGACUGGAUUGUUGUGCAACCUUUUCGGAUCGGUGGACUGUCUGUCUAUCUGUCUGUCUGUCCAGCUGUCUGUCUUUCCAUCAAGCAUUCCAGACAGACAAGAAAAUGCCCAGCGUAGACUGCUAACCCAAAACCAAAUCCCAACCCUGAACCCAAAACCAAAACCUCAACCCACAUGGUAGUGCUUUCUUCCAACAUGCUGAAGCGUUGAAUAAUUUAAAAAGAGAAACCAAAGCCUUCUACACCCUGAAGCCUCUCAUGCAACUUAGAAAUAAAACCACUAAAUAACCUGCUAAGAAGUAAUUGACCAAAGAGUAUAUUUUGUAGUUGAUAAUCUAAUAAGUAUUUUUACCUCAUCUCCUCCCUUACCUCCCAAAACAGACUGUUAGUUAGGAGCCACGAAGAAGAGAAUGUUACUGUUCAUGGUCCUUACAACAUUUGAGUCGUAUUUUUAUUUAUGUUCCCUGCAAAAGGAAAUACUAUAUGACACAACCCUGAAAAUUAACUAUUUACAUUUGCCUUAUCGUUGCCUUCUUGAAUCAAACUAAAUAUUCCAGUUAUAUCUUCACAAUCAGCCUCGUGAAUGUUACUGUAAAUGCUCAUUGUGAAGAUGAAUCAUAACAUAUCCCUCCUUUCCUGUAAGUCUGUUUAGCUAACGCCUAACACAGGUUUAACUCUAGUUGAUGUGCUCAAAUGCCAGCAGCUGGAAAACAAAGACUAACCCAUUCAGUUGUAUGUUUUCUCUGUAAAGGUGAAAACACAAGAUGCUGGCUCCCAUGUUUCAUGUGUGGUCUUGACACUGUGAGGGGGACAGAGGGCCUCGGAUGUUUUUUUUUUAAGUCAAAUUGUGUCACCACCUUAAUAAGCAUUCAGCGUCCCCAUGCUCUUCAUAUGUAUUUGAUUUUAUCUCCUCAUCAAAGAUGUUGGGUGUAGGGGAUGAUAUCAAUGAUCAAAUCAUUUUCCGGCGCUUACACAGCAAUGUCAGCUCGUCACCUGAAUACGAAAGCACCCCACCCUGUUCGCCGAUCCCCAGCCCCCAUCUUGCCUCCACUCUCUCCUGGUAAGCUAUGCAUUUCAGCACUAGGAGGAAAGCACUACACAGGGCUGGCCCAGGGCAGCGUAACAUAUUAGAUAUAUUAGCUGGCCCCUUGCCGUCAUCCUCCUCAAGGCCAGGGUUAGCAGCUCUACAUUCAUCAGAACAAGCGCUGAAGGAGAGGCCAGGGAAAGAGAGCUGCUUCUUCAUCUCCGAAAGAAAAAACCAAAAAGAUGACAAGAAACAAAAAAAAAAAAAUGUGUCAAGACCUGCUGAUGUUUUAUAGUGUGAACCAAAGAUGCUACCUCACUCAAGUUCCAUACGUGAUUUCUAUCACUUUGAUGAUACCAAAGAUAACCAAAGAUUUUUUCUCAUUGCACGGCCUCUAC